AUGGGAGACUGGGUUUGCCUGAGCCCAGCCGAAUUCUCCCAGCUGCAGCAGUACAGCGAGUAUUCCUCCAAAAAGCUAAAAGAUGUCUUGGAAGAGUUUCAUGGAAAUGGUGUCCUCUCCAAGUACAACCCUGAACAGAAGCAAGAUGUUCUCAACCAACCCAUCGACUAUGAGGGCUUCCAGCUAUUUAUGACGACCUAUCUGGAGAUUGACAUCCCUGAGGAACUUUGCAAACACCUCUUCACCUCCUUCAAGAGCAAGAAUGGCGGAGGCAGCUCCCCUGACACCUCUCGAUCUGGAGCAGGCAUGCUGGGUAUGAAUGGGAAGAGUAUUUUGAGCGCAGUGAGCCGACAUACACCAGAGAACUCAGCUGGGAUCAUUCCAGGCUCAGGGGCCACCACAUCACCCUGCUCCUCCCGCUCCUCCUCACAACGCUCAGGCACAGGGGGCCACACACCCAGAGGCCCCCACCGUUCACCCGGCACACAGCCCAAUCCCCCAGCGAGCAGCAGCAGCAGCAGCAAUGCUUUGGCUCUUUCCAAGACUACCAACUCCCCACGCCUCUCCCCAGAGCGUAAUCAAUCAGAAAAUCGUACAUCUCUCCGGAGGAGUCCUUCUCCACAAAAAGGAUCUCCGUCACCUCAAGUGGUCUUCCUUAAAGACAUUGUGUGCUACUUGUCCCUGCUGGAGAGGGGGACGCCAGAGGAUAAACUUGAGUUCAUGUUCAGGCUGUACGACACAGAUGGCAAUGGUCUUCUGGACAGCUCAGAGCUCGACCGCAUCAUAAACCAGAUGGUCCAUGUAGCUGAGUAUCUAGAAUGGGAUUCUACAGAACUACAACCAAUUCUGAAGGAGAUGAUGGAGGAGAUAGAUUAUGACCGGGAUGGAACGGUCACAUUAGAGGAGUGGAUCAGAGGAGGAAUGACCACCAUACCACUCCUGGUCCUGCUGGGAAUGGGGACGAAUGUACAGGAAGAUGGGCAGCAUGUAUGGAGACUGAAGCAUUUCAACAAGCCAGCUUACUGUAAUUACUGCCACACUAUGUUGUUAGGAGUAAGAAAACAGGGCCUUUGCUGCUCACUAUGCAAGUACACAGUCCACGAGCGCUGUGUGUCCAAAGACAUUGCUCCUUGCAUUAGCACCUACGCCAAGUCCCGCAGACACACCAAUGCUAUGCAGCAUGUUUGGAUGGAGGGCAACUCCCCAACAAAAUGUGACAAAUGUCACCGCAGUAUCAAGUGCUAUCAAGGUCUAACAGGCCUUCACUGUGUUUGGUGUCAAAUCACUCUCCAUAACAAGUGUGCGUCUAAUGUAAAGCCUGAAUGUGACGGUGGGCCAUUAAAAGAUCACACACUUCUGCCGUCGUACAUCUGCCCUGUUGUUCUGGACCGUCAUUCUGCCGUCAAAAGAGGUGAAGGAGAAUCAUCCCCCAGCGCCAGCCCUGAGGACACCGGCCAGUGCUUCAAGUUCACCGGUGACGGUCAGGCACUGCAGAUCACCCCUCUGCCUGGGACGCACCCCCUCCUCGUGCUGGUUAAUCCUAAAAGUGGCGGUCGGCAGGGAGAGAGGGUGCUGCGGAAAUUCCAGUACCUGCUUAACCCCAGACAGGUGUACAGUCUGGAUCGAGGAGGACCCAUGGUGGGGCUCAACUUUUUUCGAGACGUGCCCAAUUUCCGCGUGCUGGCCUGUGGAGGUGAUGGAUCAGUGGGGUGGAUUUUGGAUUAUAUUGAUAAGUCCAAUUUUGCUCGGCAUCCACCUGUUGCGAUCCUGCCGCUGGGUACCGGGAAUGACCUCGCUCGCUGCCUGCGCUGGGGUGGAGGCUAUGAAGGAGGCAAUCUGGUCAAGUUCCUCAGGGAUAUCGAGCACAGCACCGAAGUGCUGCUUGACCGCUGGAACAUCGACAUUGUCCCUGAUGAUAAGGAGGAGAAGGGCGACCCUGUGCCCUACAGCAUAGUGAACAACUACUUCUCCAUUGGAGUGGAUGCAUCAAUAGCACAUCGCUUCCACCUGAUGAGGGAGAAACAUCCAGAGAAGUUUAACAGCAGGAUGAAAAACAAGUUGUGGUACUUUGAAUUUGGCACCACAGAGACCAUCUCAGCCACUUGUAAAAAGCUGAACGAGUGUAUUGAGGUGGAGUGUGAUGGCAUCAUUUUGGAUCUCAGCAGCACGUCUCUGGAGGGUAUCGCUGUGCUCAAUAUUCCCAGCAUGCACGGGGGCUCAAACCUGUGGGGCGAGACCAAGAAAAGACGGAAUUACAAUCGCAUGAGUAAGAAAGUGCCAGAGAGAAUGACUGGCAGCACUGUCACCGAUGCCAAGGAGCUCAAGUUUUGUGUGCAAGAUCUGAGUGAUCAGCUUCUGGAGGUGGUGGGUUUGGAGGGAGCCAUCGAGAUGGGUCAGAUCUACACAGGUCUCAAGAGCGCUGGGCGGCGUCUUGCACAGUGUUCCAGUGUCACCAUCAGAACGUCCCGUCUGCUGCCCAUGCAGAUUGAUGGAGAACCGUGGAUGCAGCCUCCAUGCACGAUACGGAUCACGCAUAAGAACCAGGUGCCCAUGCUGCUGGGACCGCCACAGAAAACGUUCUUCUUCUUCAAGAAGCUUAACAGAAGUCGGGACUAGAUGUGGGACUCCAAAAAUCGACCACUUUUCUACAAUCAUGAACUCAAGCAUCUCCACCUUCCUCAGCUAAUUCUUCAUCUUUGGGAGGUGGGACCCAAAGAGAAGAGACCUUUAAAAACACAACACUCAAUACAAUCAAUACAAACACAACACUGUAAUGGAUCUCUAAUGGACUCCC